AUGCCGCUCGCGUGGGCCCAGCCGCGUCUUUCCGGUUCCGCCGGAGCGGCGCGGGCGGCGAGUGACGGGUCCCGGGUCCUUCCGCGGCGCCGAAGGCGGCGCGCCCCCGCCCGGCCCAUGGACCGGCACAAAGUGAAGCGGCAGCGUCUGGACCGGAUCUGCGAAGGCAUACGGCCUCCUAUUGUGAAUGGCCCAAUGCCAGCACGGCCACUGGUUGCACUCCUGGAUGGACGAGAUUGCACUGUGGAGAUGCCCAUCUUGAAGGAUGUUGCUACAGUGGCAUUUUGUGAUGCUCAGUCAACUCAGGAAAUCCAUGAAAAGGUGCUGAAUGAGGCAGUAGGAGCUCUGAUGUAUCACACCAUUACCCUUUCUCGUCAGGAUCUGGAGAAAUUCAAAGCCCUCAGGGUGAUUGUGCGUAUUGGCAGUGGCUAUGACAAUGUUGACAUCAAAUCUGCUGCAGAAUUAGGCAUUGCAGUUUGCAACAUCCCUUCUUCCUCAGUAGAGGAGACUGCUGACUCUACCCUCUGCCACAUCUUGAACCUCUAUCGCCGUGUUACUUGGCUGCAUCAGGCUCUGCGGGAAGGGAAUCGAGCCUCAAGCGUAGAACAGAUUCGAGAGGUGGCUGGAGGUGCUGUGCGUAUCCGUGGGGAGACUUUGGGCAUCAUUGGACUAGGCCGAGUUGGACAGGCAGUGGCUCUGCGAGCCAAGUCCUUUGGCUUCAACGUGAUUUUCUAUGAUCCCUAUCUGCCGGAUGGAGUGGAGCGAUCCUUGGGUUUACAACGAGUAGGAACCCUGCAGGAUCUACUAAUGCACAGCGAUUGCAUCACAUUGCACUGCAGCCUGAAUGAACAUAACCAUCACCUCAUCAAUGACUUCACUAUUAAACAGAUGCGUCAGGGCUGCUUCUUAGUGAACACAGCCCGGGGAGGGCUGGUAGAUGAGAAAGCCUUAGCGCAAGCCUUGAAAGAGGGGAGAAUCAGAGGAACGGCAUUGGAUGUGCAUGAGUCUGAGCCUUUCAGUUUUGCUCAGGGGCCAUUAAAAGAUGCACCCAAUGUUAUCUGCACCCCUCACACUGCCUGGUACAGUGAACAGGCUUCCAUUGAAUCCAGAGAAGAUGCAGCUAAAGAGAUCCGCAGAGCUAUUACAGGUCAUAUACCUGAUGCUUUGAGAAACUGUGUUAAUAAGGAGUACUUGCUGUUAGCAGCUCAGUGGUCCAAUAUUGAUCCUGCAACUGUCCACCCAGAACUCAACGGAGCUGCAGCUUACAGGUUUCCUCCAGGAGUAGUGGGAGUAGCCAACCCUGGGCUACCAGAACCACCCGUAGUGGAAGGGAUUGUAGCUCAUGGGAUCCCUCCUGUUUCUCACUCUGCACCACGUACUCCUUCCCCAGGAGAGACAAGCAAACUGGAUGCAGACAGAGAGAUUCCUGCUGAUCAAUAGCAGCGUGAUUCUCUCCUCUCCUUUGGCAGCAGAAAAAAGUAGGAGGGCAUCUCCUCCUAGGACCUUCUUUAACACCCUACAGACACUGUUUCCUGUUCACAUGGGACAGGAGAAUGUGUUUCAUUGC